AUGACAGUUUGUAGAAGAAUUUCAGACAUUCCUGACAAUUUAUCUCAGCAUUUAAUUGAGAAGUUGCAUAACAAGUGCUUUGCACUUCAAGUGGAUGAGGCGACUGCUAUUCAUAAAGAUGCUCAUUUGAUUGAGUAUGUUCGUUUUGUUGACGAGUGUAAUAUGCAAGAGGAAUUGUUUUUGUGUGAGCCUAUCUUGAAAACAGCAACAGCUCAAAGCCUUUUUGACAUGAAUAAUGCUUUCUUUAAUGAAAAUGGGAUAUGUACAGAUGGAGCUCAUUCAACGUCUGGAUUCCGUGCUGGAUUACAAGCAAAUAUUAAAGCUGUUGCUCCCGAAGCGGUAUGGACUCACUGUAUGAUACAUCGGGAGGCUCUGGCAGCUAAUGAACUCAGCCCACCCCUUCAUGAAGCACUGCAAAUGAUUGUAAAAACCGUCAAUGUUAACAAGACAAAUCAUCUGAAGUCUAGAAUUUUUAAAAUGCUGCAUGAGGAAAAGGGUGCCGAACACACUGCUCUGUUCUUUUUUGGUGGUGCUUGA